AUGGGCAGCCAAGCUAACCUGAGUGCGAUGGGCGCCGAGGUAGCCGUUCUAGCAACCACUGUCGCCGCUGCACUCGAGAAAGGCGGCCAUCCUCAACCAUCCUUUGCCGCAGAUAGCCCUGCCACUUUUCCACCAGAUGCCGACAUCCAACAGCCGCGCCUGCGCCUGAUCGAGGUUCUCACCGACCUACUCUACCUAGCCACGGGGGCUGGCGACUACCUGUUUCUUCAUGGCGGUUUCUUUCUCAACCACGACGCCACCGUUCUCGACCUACUCAACCAAUUCAACAUCUUCACCCACGUCCCCCUCUCCAGCAGCGCCAGCUACACCGACAUCGCGCGCGCCACCAACCUCCCCGAGGCCGCCGUCCGCCGCAUCCUCCGCUACGCCUUCACCAUGCGCUUCUUCGCGCCAGAUCCCACCGACCAGAGCAACAACCGGGUCGUGCACACGGCCUUCUCCGCCCACGCCGCCCGCUCGCCCGCCCUGCGCGCCUGGUUUGGCAUUGCCCUUGACGAGACCCGCCCGGCUACCGUGCAUACCGCCGAGGCCCUGCGUCGGUUUAGUGCCGGGCGGGCGCAGCCGAGCGAGGAGCUGGAUGAGACGCCCUUUUCGCUGUGGUGGCCGCCGCGGGAGGCGGAGUCUGAGUCUGACUACUGGGAGGCGCGGGACGACCCCAAGGAGGCGUGGCGGGCGAAACGCUUUGCCGAGGCUAUGCAGGCCUCGGUGGGCAGCGCCAUCAUCCAGGCGGACGAUGUGGUGAAUCGGUUUGAUUGGGGCGCGCUGGGGAAGGCCAAGGUGGUUGAUGUCGGCGGAUCCGACGGCGCCCUCGCAGCCGUGCUCGCCCGUAAACACCCCCUCCUGCAUUUCGUCGUGCAAGAUCUCCCACACAUCAAAACCGAUUUCCAAACCAACCUCCCCGCCGACCUAGCCGCCACCGGCCGCAUCCAAUUCGAGGGCCACGACUUCUUCCAACCCCAGCCCCAGACCGCUGGCACCGACGUCUUCAUCCUCAAGCACGUCCUGCACAACUGGCCGGACAAGCACGCCGCGCAGAUCCUGCGCAACCUGCAGCAAAAUGGUAAGGGCGGGAGUUGGAGUCGGAGUCGGAUCCUGAUCUGCGACAGCGUGGUGCCAAGCGAGCAAGAAGCGCAUACGCUGCCGCUGAGCGUGCGCAAGGGCAUCGCGGGCGCCGAUAUGCAGAUGCUCGUAAUGCUCAACGCGUCAGAGAGGACUGUCGAUGACUGGAGCAGGCUGGCGCAGCGGGCCGAUCCGCGGUUGAGAUUGGAGAAAGUGCAUCAGGUGCCCGGGGCCAUGUCGAGUUUGUUGGAGUUGGUGUUAGAUGAGGGAGUGGAGUGA